GCCGCGGCGGCGGGAGGGCGCAGCAGGAGCCGCCGUGGCCGCAGCAUCGCGGCGCGGUGGCGGGGAUGGAGCCCUGGAAACAGUGCGGGCAGUGGCUGAUUAGCUGCAAGGUGCUGCCGCCCAACCACCGGGUGACCUGGGACACGGCCCAGGUCUUCGACCUGGCGCAGACGCUGCGCGACGGCGUCCUGCUCUGCCAGCUGCUCAACAACCUGCGCAGCCACUCCAUCAACCUCAAGGAGAUCAACCUGCGCCCCCAGAUGUCCCAGUUUCUUUGCUUGAAGAAUAUAAGGACUUUUCUUUCUGCAUGUUGUGAAAUAUUUGGAAUGAAGAAAAGCGAACUUUUUGAAGCAUUUGAUCUGUUUGACGUGAGAGAUUUUGGAAAGGUGAUAGAAACACUUUCAAAACUUUCUCGCACUCCUAUUGCAUUAGGCACGGGAAUAAGGCCCUUCCCUACAGAAGAAAGCGUUGAUGAUGAAGAUGUCUACAAAGGUCUUCCUGAUUUAAUAGAUGAAACUGGUGUUGAUGAAGAUGAAGACUUGUAUGAUUGUGUCUACGGAGAAGAUGAAGGUGGAGAGGUUUAUGAAGACCUAAUGAAAGAUGAAGCAGCACAACAACCUAAACAUACUGAAAAUGACAUAAGAAGCUGUUGUCUUGCUGAAAUAAAGCAAACGGAAGAGAAAUACACGGAAACUCUGGAAUCGAUUGAAAAAUUUUUCAUGGUGCCAUUGAAAAGAUUUCUGUCAGCAUCAGAAUUUGACACUGUUUUCAUCAAUAUUCCUGAUUUGGUGAAAAUCCACAGGAAUCUUACACAGGACAUCAAUGACUCCAUAGUUAACAAAAAUGAUCAGAACCUAUAUCAAAUUUUUAUUAACUACAAGGAAAGGUUGGUUAUUUAUGGACAGUACUGCAGUCAAGUGGAGAUAGCGAUAUCCUGCUUAGACAAUAUCUCUAAGACAAAAGAAGAUGUUAAAUUGAAGUUAGAGGAAUGUUCCAAGAGGGCCAAUAAUGGUAAAUUUACAUUGCGAGAUCUGCUAGUGGUUCCAAUGCAGAGAGUACUAAAAUACCACCUACUGCUCCAGGAGCUGGUAAAGCACACUACUGAUCCCAUGGAGAAAGCAAAUCUAAAACUGGCCCUUGAUGCAAUGAAGGACUUGGCUCAAUAUGUAAAUGAAGUAAAGAGAGAUAAUGAAACUCUUCGUGAAAUUAGACAGUUUCAACUAUCAAUAGAGAAUUUGAAUCAUUCCCUCUUACAGUAUGGAAGACCUCAAGGUGAUGGGGAAAUUAGGAUAACGACAUUAGACAAACGUGCGAGGCAAGACAGGCACAUCUUCUUGUUUGAUCUAGCUGUAAUUGUUUGCAAACGAAGAGGUGAUAAUUAUGAAAUGAAGGAAAUAAUAGAUCUUCAGAAAUACAAAAUUACAAACAACCCCACUACUGAUAAAGAAAACAAAAAGUGGUCUUAUGGCUUCUACCUCAUUCAUAUUCAAGGUGAAAAUGGUUUAGAAGUCUAUUGCAAAACUAAAGACUUGAAGAAAAAAUGGCUCGAACAAUUUCAGAUGGCUCUGUCAAAUAUACGGCCAGACUAUGCGGAUACAAGCUUUCAUGAGUUCAAAAUGCACACCUUCAGUCGUGUGACAUCUUGUAAAGUCUGCCAGAUGCUUCUAAGGGGAACAUUUUAUCAAGGCUAUUUAUGUUCUAAGUGUGGAGCUGGAGCACACAAAGAAUGUUUAGGAAGACUAGACAACUGUGGCAGGGCUAAUUUAGGUGAACACGGAAACGUGAAACAUGAGAAAAGAACAAAUGGAAUUAGAAGAAGCUCUAGACACGUGGACCCAGGUUUACCAAAAAUGCAAGUAAUUCGAAACUACAAUGGAAUACCACAGCCAGCAGCACAGGAUGGUCCACCAUUGCAUAUCCAGAUUGGGGACACUAUUGAACUACUUAAAGGAGAUGCGCAUAGCUUAUUUUGGCAGGGCAGAAAUCUAACAACAGGAGAGCUUGGAUUCUUCCCAAGUGAUGCAGUAAAACCUAGCCCAUGUGUUCCUAAACCAGUAGACUACUCUUCACAGCUGUGGUUUGCAGGAGCAAUGGAAAGAUUGCAAGCAGAGAGUGAACUUAUUAACAGAGUAAACAGCACUUACCUGGUGAGGCACAGGACCAAAGAAUCAGGAGAAUAUGCAAUUAGUAUUAAGUAUAAUAAUGAAGUGAAACACAUUAAGAUUUUAACAAGAGAUGGCUUUUUCCACAUUGCAGAAAACAGAAAAUUUAAAAAUUUAAUGGAACUCGUAGAAUACUAUAAGCACCACUCUCUCAAAGAAGGCUUUCGAAGUUUGGAUACUACUCUUCAAUUUCCAUACAAAGAGUCUGAAAACUCAGUGGGACAAAGGAGUAACAGAACAGGUGGCAAUGCCCCUUCUUUGUUCUGUGGGUUUUCUUUUGUAACUCCUCCAGACUACAGCUUUGUUCCCCCUUCCUCCACUCCUUUCUGGUCAGUGCUAAGCCCGAAGGUGAUAGGCAUUGCCAUAGCCAGGUAUGACUUCUGUGCACGAGACAUGAGAGAACUGUCCCUAUUGAAAGGGGAUGUUGUAAAAAUUUAUACAAAGAUGAGUGCAAAUGGCUGGUGGAGAGGUGAAGUAAAUGGAAGGGUGGGCUGGUUUCCAUCAACUUAUGUUGAAGAGGAUGAAUGAAUUGAAAACUUUCCUCUGCUGACCAGCAGUUUCAGGGAUUGUAAAAAUUUAAUAUCAGAAUGUGUUAUUGGUCUUGAUAAGUAUUUAAACAGCAGCAUCUUUGUCUGUCUGAACCUGCCAGUCUUAAUGUUGGGAUUUAUACAGAAGUUUGGGCUGACAGAUUAUUACCUUACCCAGAGCUGUGCAAGAAACAACCUGCCAGUUUGCUGUCACUGGGCAUCAGUACCAAGUCCAACCCUCACCUUCCCAAAAGAUCUCUGGAAAACCAAGUUUCUUUGUUCCUUUUCAUUUCACCUCAUACUACACCAUGAAUACUAGCAAUGGCUGAAUAUUUAAUGCCUCUCUUCUCUUAACAUCUGCGAUGGUACAAGGAGAUGAAGUCUUAUUAUUCCUUAUCAUUGCAUGCAGAAAGCAGAUUUCAGUCAUUCUGGUGGGCAUAAAGUACAGUCAGUAGACUUGUCUUGAGACAUCAAACUGCUUUGCUUAUCAGCUUACAAACCAUUUUACACUCACAAAAGCAUACUGAAGGAAUUAUGUAGUAAACAUGAGUAGCAUUUAUGCAUAUGUAAUUAAUUAACUACUACUUUGAGGUCCUGCCUAAGUCUUCUGACAAUCUGUUUAAAGACAUUUUAUAAAGGUGUAAUGAUGCAGUAUUGCUUUAAAAAACAUCCUCAAAGUGGAAUUGUGGGAUCCUUUCUUUGUCAUCUUAAACCUUUUUGUGAGGUUUUUUACUUUAGGCAGCUGACCAUAAAAGUGCAAGUGAGGGUAGUCACGACAAGAUGAGUUUUAAGAUUUUUAGCAUUAACAUUUAAUAAAUAUUGUAGACCUAUUCUAAAGGAGAACGGACUCAUGCCAGAUGAUGUCGCUUCUCAAGAACAAAACUAUUUAUCUUAACUUCUUGAUUGAUUCAGAUGACCUUUGUAAACUUCCAACUCAAAACUGUCUUUUCCUAGUUAGGCAGAGGAUUUCUGUCUCCUUUUGUGAAUGCAAAUGGAGCUUGCAGACUUCUUUCUGCCAUUUCCUUACUGGUCCCCUGGGGUGUUAAUGGCAGUUCAGUGAGUGAGUGGUCUUGUUGUAGUGGUCUGAACAGCACCAAGUUAAAUUGUGUCUAGGUUAGCUAGCUUGAAAGAUCAGUCCUUGUAAGGUGGUGUCCACCUCUUGGUGAGGUAGUGUUUUAAUGGAGGGGCAGAAGUGUUUUAGUUAUAAGCUAAAAUAAAUUUGGGUCAUGUCUUCAGAUGUGCAGUUUUGAAUAUUAAAUAAUGUCAAGUAUGGAUUGAAAACGUGAAAGAAAAUCAAGCUCUUAAAUGCAUUUGAUUUCUAGGAUAAUGUUGACCAAUGAAGAGAGUUAAUUUAUCCUGUCCCACAUCCUCUCUUUUGCUUUUCCCUGUCCUCUUUUCACAUAGGCAUCCUGCAAUUAUUGUGCUCAGACGCUGCACAACUUAAUGCUGCAUUUUUUCCCUAAUAUACAAGCACCAUAAUAUCCACUAUUUGUCCACAGAGCAGAAUCUGCUAUUACAUAUUUCGGUGUCUUUUUGGCUGCCCCCAGUAUUCUUUGCUUCUUUCUGGCCUCCUAGCCAUCAAGAAGAAUCAAGCACAACACACAGGAUUCACAAUAAUCCCCUUCAUCUCUGCAACCAUCUUACCCAUCUGCUACACCCAGCAUACACUGCUGUGUGACAAGGUGAAAGAGGAUCUUCUAGUUAGAAAUCCUCUACUUGUGAGAUUCAGCCUUGCAGAUGAAAUUCUGCCGAUGCUCUAACUUUUCAAGGAUUUACCUCAAAAUUAUGUAAACUGUGAUUAUGUUGAGUACAUUACUUGAUGGAACAAUUGAGAGCAUUUGUAAAUAUGUAGAAUAUGCAUAAAAAUUUUGUAAAUUUUGUGUACAGCAGUAUAGACUAGAGUAUACAGUCUUUGGUCAUGUUUUGCCAUGCAGUUUGAUUGUCUGUUGUGAGCUUGAUCCUAUAUUCCUUAAGCAGGCAAGUUGAUUCUUUCACAGUUUUGCCUGCUUAAGGGGUAGAGGAGUAGGCUCUAGGCCUGUGAAGUGUUUAGUGCUUUGCUGUCAUACAGUUUUAAGAAGAGGCAGUUAGAUUCAGUAUGAGUUGAAAAAUAUAUCAGUCAUUUUCAACAGCUUGGGUUUAGAAUAAUUUUGAAUAGUCUCUCCAUCUUAAAAUUGCUGUAAAGCUUUUAAGCGACUCCUGAGUCCAGUAGUCACCCUUUGAGAGAAUAAAAGCCAUAGGUGAACUUUACUUUUGUGGUAUUAAUCUACAUAUCAUAGUCUGUGUUUAAUGCCCUGUGUUGAUUGAGUUAAUGCUGCAUCUUAAACUAUGUUUUGAGUACCAAAGACUUCCUAAAUAUUCUGGAGUGUCUCUUUCAUGUGCUGCUUUUGCCUGUAUGGAGGUUUUGUUGUCAUGCAUUAAUGGAGUUACAGUACUUUAAUUUGUACUAUUUUGUAAAUAUGUUAAAUAUAAUAAACAGAUUAAUUUUUUUUGGUUAA